GCAGGAGCCGGAGCUGCUUUAUUAUCAGCUGGAGGGAGGAGGAGACGGUGCGUAAAGGGGCGAGCGCGGUGCUCUGAGCCCCGCCGCCGCCGCCGAUCGCUGCGCCUCCCUCGCCGCCCGCUCGCCGUCCCUCCGGCGGGCAGCGGCCGCCCGAGCCCCCGCAGAUAGGAGCGCAGCCUCCGCACCUGCCCCCGCCGCCCCGCGCGUUUUGCAGCAUCAUCGGCAGCAGCCGCGGGAGCAGGCGGUGCCGCUGUCCGCCCGCGGGGCCAGGGACAGGUGCCGCGCCGCGCCGGAGGCCCCGCUCGCCCCUGUCCGCCGCGGCGCCCAGCUCCGGCCCCCGCCGCCCCGCGCAGCCCCCGCCCGGGGCGGUCAGCGCCGCGGGGCGCCCGUGGCUGCGGCUGCGGCGCGCCCAUGUGAACCCCGGUCGCGGGGUGCCCGCCCGCGGCGCGGAAGGCUGCGCACCCUCCGGCCGUGCGCCCCGGCAGCGGCGGCGGCGGGAGCAGGAGGAGGCCGUCGGGGCAGUGCUGGAGUGAGCAUGGUGUCCUGGCGGCGGAGGCCGGGGCCCGGCCUGGCGCGGCUGUGGGGCUUGUGCUGCUUGGUGCUGGGCUGCUGGCCGGGCGCGCUGGGCUGCCCCGCGUCCUGCGGGUGCAACUCCUGGCGGAUCUGGUGCACGGGAUCGUCGCCGGGCAUCGCCUCCUUCCCCGUGCCGCAGAGGAUCGCCGAGGGCGACAAUGUUACCGAGAUUUACAUCGCAAACCAGCCAAAUUUGGAAAGUAUCAAUGACAAUGAAGUUGGAUUUUAUGUUGGACUUAAAAAUCUGACUGUGGUGGAUUCAGGCCUAAGAUUCGUGUCCCGUCAUGCUUUUGUGAAAAAUGUGAACUUACAAUACAUAAAUUUAUCCAGAAACAAGCUCUCAAGUUUGUCCAAGAAGCCUUUUCGCCAUCUGGGUUUGUCUGAUCUGAUAUUGGGUGACAAUCCAUUCAAGUGUUCCUGUGAAAUCAUGUGGAUCAAGAAAUUUCAAGAGACAAAGUUUUACACAGAAACUCAGGACUUAUAUUGCAUAGAUGACAACAAUAAGAGGACAGCCCUGCUGGAUAUGAAGGUCCCGAACUGCGACUUGCCCUCAGCAAACUUAAGCAAUUACAACAUCACCGUGGUGGAAGGGAAGAGCAUCACGCUGUACUGUGAUACUACUGGUGGGCCACCCCCAAACGUGUCCUGGGUGGUAACUAAUCUUGUUUCAAACCAUGAGAGUGACACAAAUAAGAACCCUGCCUCACUCACCAUCAAGAAUGUUUCAUCAAUGGACAGUGGACUGGAGAUUUCCUGUGUAGCAGAGAACAUUGUGGGAGAAGACCAAGCCUCUGCCGAGCUUACGGUAUUCUUUGCACCAAAUAUCACAUUUAUUGAGUCUCCGACCCCGGACCACCACUGGUGUAUUCCAUUCACUGUGAAAGGGAACCCUAAGCCCACAUUGCAGUGGUUCUAUGAAGGAGCUGUUCUGAAUGAGUCUGAAUACAUCUGUACUAAAAUACACGUUAUCAAUCAAAGUGAAUACCAUGGCUGCCUUCAGCUGGACAAUCCUACACACCUGAACAAUGGUGCUUAUACCUUACUGGCAAAGAAUGAUUAUGGAGAGGAUGAAAAACGGGUUGAUGCUCAUUUCAUGUCAGUGCCUGGAGAUGGUAGUGGCCCAAUUUUGGAUCCAGACGUUUAUGAGUAUGAAACCACACCUAAUGAUCUUGGAGAUGCCACAAAUAACAGUAAUCAAAUCACUUCAACGGAUGUUUCCAACAAAGAGAAUGAAGAUAGCAUCACUGUGUACGUUGUGGUGGGAAUUGCAGCACUGGUGUGCACUGGAUUAGUAAUAACCCUCAUUAUUCUGAAGUUUGGAAGACACUCUAAGUUUGGGAUGAAAGGUCCUUCUUCAGUCAUCAGCAAUGACGACGAUUCAGCCAGUCCCCUCCACCACAUUUCAAAUGGCAGUAACACUCCAUCUUCUUCUGAGGGGGGUCCUGAUGCAGUCAUCAUUGGGAUGACGAAGAUUCCUGUCAUCGAAAAUCCACAGUAUUUUGGAAUUACCAACAGUCAACUCAAGCCAGACACCUUUGUGCAUCACAUCAAGCGCCACAAUAUCGUACUUAAAAGAGAACUGGGAGAAGGAGCCUUUGGGAAGGUCUUUCUGGCAGAAUGCUAUAACCUGUGUCCUGAGCAGGGCAAGAUCUUGGUUGCAGUGAAGACACUGAAGGAUGCCAGUGACAAUGCCCGCAAGGACUUCCACCGUGAGGCAGAACUGCUAACUAACCUGCAACACGAGCACAUUGUCAAAUUCUAUGGUGUCUGUGUUGAGGGUGAUCCACUCAUCAUGGUCUUUGAGUAUAUGAAGCAUGGAGAUCUUAACAAAUUCCUCAGGGCACAUGGACCUGAUGCAGGACUGAUGGCAGAAGGCAACCGUCCUGCUGAACUGACCCAAUCCCAGAUGCUUCACAUUGCCCAGCAGAUUGCUUCUGGUAUGGUUUACCUGGCAUCGCAGCACUUCGUGCAUCGGGAUCUUGCUACCCGGAAUUGUCUGGUUGGUGAAAACCUGCUGGUGAAGAUUGGGGAUUUUGGGAUGUCUAGAGAUGUGUACAGCACAGACUACUAUCGGGUUGGGGGUCACACCAUGCUGCCCAUUCGUUGGAUGCCUCCAGAGAGUAUAAUGUACAGGAAGUUCACCACAGAAAGUGAUGUCUGGAGCCUGGGGGUUGUAUUAUGGGAAAUCUUUACUUAUGGCAAACAGCCAUGGUAUCAGCUCUCAAACAAUGAGGUGAUUGAGUGCAUCACUCAGGGCCGAGUCCUGCAGCGACCUCGCACAUGCCCAAAGGAAGUGUAUGACUUGAUGCUGGGCUGUUGGCAACGGGAGCCUCACAUGAGGCUCAACAUCAAGGAAAUCCACUCCCUCCUCCAGAACUUGGCCAAGGCAUCUCCAGUCUACUUGGAUAUUUUAGGCUAAAGUCUCCUAGCAUUUCUUCUUCUGGGCUGCGGGAAUGAAUGUGUUCAACUGCCGCUGAACUACAUUAAAAUGUGUUCUUAACUUUGACAGUAUUAAUGACAAAGUUGUGGAGAAGCUUUCAAAGGGCAAGCAAUGUGCGCUUCUCCAUCUGUAGACACAGUAUUGACUUUUUAGACAUUACCAAGAAGUAUCUUCUCUCUUUCUCUCAGUUUCUAUCUUUUUUUUCCUUCUCUCCUGUCUUUCUAAUCAAUUUGGCUUCUGCAUUAUUGUAACUCUGCAUAGACAAAGGCCUUAAAAACCCAAUCUGUUAUAUCAGCAGACUCCUCAGUUUGCCCACCACAACUAACAAUGCCUUGUUGUAUUCAUGCCUUUGAUGUGGAUGAAAAAAAGGGAAAAAUAUAUUUGACUAAAACUUUGUGAUUUCUGCUGUAUAGCUACUGGGAGUUUCUAUGGAUUCACCUCAUUUUUUUUUGCUUCAGCCUGUGGGUGGAAAAAGAAGACUGGUGUUCUCUACAUGAAGAAUGUCCUUUGCAGAGAUAAAUCCAGAUAGAAAGAAGACACUCUUGUGUGAUACACUAUCUGGAGGAACUUGGGAAAUCAGGUGGCAUCCAACCCUAGAAGACCCACUUCACACUGAAGUGAUUUGAUGGAAGAUAAAAGGGAGUCUAGCUAUUUCCCUGAAGAGUCUGAGGACUAAAGGGAUUGUUUAAGGAGGUGCUUUGCCAGCACCAUUCAUUGCCAGAAUCAAGUAAAACAUAAAAAGAUUCUGCUUGCACUGCACGCAAUUGUGUUACAACAUGAUAAACUAAACAGAUGCCCUUUUUUUGUCUUCUGGUAGGAUAUUGUCAUGCCACUGGUGUAAAAAUAUUCUCCAGGUAGUCUUUUUUAGUAAAGGCUGAAGCUAGGUUUAGUUACAUACAAUAUUAAUCUCAAGAUCACAUGUUGAAACUAAGGAUUUUGAUAGGACAAGCUAUAAAUGCUGAGGCAGGUGUAUCUUAUACUGUGCUUGUCCAGCAGCAUAUUCCUUCCUUCCUCAAUCCUUUCUUUUUCCAUUUUUUUAACCGUGCAAGCAAAACUGUGCAUGGUCUUUGUCAAUUAAUGCCCUUUGUGCAGAAACAAUCACUCAUCUUGUAGUACACCCUAGUAGGCAUAGCAAACUCAUAAUGAUAUAACGUAUAUUUCAUUAGAAGGGGCUAAUGGAGGACAUUAGCCACGUUAAAAUGCCUUUACAAUGUUAUAGAUAUUAUAGGCUGAUAUAACAUGAAUAAUCUAAAGCACGGAGAUCACUGGUUAUGUUUGAGACAUAGCAGGGGAUAAAGAUCUCUAUAGAAAACAAAUUACUCUGUGGUUAUGGCUUGCUAUUCAGAGUGCAAAAAUUCUGAGCUCAGCGUCAUUUUUGUAUUGGUACUAUUGCUGUCAUAACCAACAUACACACUUUAUUAAAUAAUUUAUUUUUGGUUGGAUUGGCAUUGUAUGUGUAUAACAUUUGCAUGGCCACUGUGUUGAUGACCGCUGCAUGGACAUACAUGUUGUUUUUCAAACUAGAAGUUGACAAUUUGAAAUUUAGAGCUAGGAUUAUUUUUAAUAUGAAUUCUUACAAAUGAAAACCUACCUUACCUAUUCCUCAAGACUUCUGCCUCCCUCUGUGAGGGGGCGUUAUUGCAAAAAAAGUGAUCUUUCUUUCCAUUUUCUCUUUUUAUUAUUUCUUAUUGAUAUGAGCCAGAUCAAAAUAGUCCAUCUUCGUGUUGGGGAUAUUUUAUUUAAUAAAUUAAGCAUUUUAUUUUUGUAAGUGUUCCCAUAGCACAUUUAAUAUAUCAUUUGCUCGCAUGUAUUAUUUAUUGAGGCACUUUAAGUUUUUCCUUCCAAAAGCUUUUAAAGCUAGCUUAUAAAAAUUCUGAACAUUUUCAGAAGAAAAGAGUUCACUGGACACUGAUGAAGUUCUACCCUUCUCAAUGUCAUUGAAAAGGCAGCAUUACAAAUAAACAUGACAGUGUAACUAUAAAGCCAUACUCAGUAUUUCUUUAAUAAACUAGAUGUUAUUUCUUAACUGCUACUGAACUGGAAACUCGUAAAAAGCCAGAGGAAGAUUCCUACAAAAUGGGCCUUAAGAUUUUAUCUAGACUGUCUUGGAAGUUCUCACAGAAAACUAGAAAAAGACUGAGCAUCCAGUGAAACCCAUUCUCUUGAGAAUAUGAAUGUUAUAUUUUAAAGGAAUUUGAAAUUGAUCUUCAAAAUAACAGUGGUGGAAAAGAAAGACAUCAGAGUCCUCUUACUGUGCAGUGGGAAGAGGGUGCAGUUGGUGGAGGGGGCUGCUAAGUUUCUACCUGCAUAUUCUGUCUUAGUUUCUUCUGAGGUGAAGAAAAAGGCAUCUGAGGUGAUGCUUUUACUGUAGAAGAGUCUCCAGCCCAAAAGCAAGCAGGUGUGUUUUGCAAGCACUGAAAGAAUGUAUACCAAAAAUAACCACAGGACCCUGAAAAUGUACUUAGUGGCAUCUUCUUUUAAUUUGCUAGUGAGACUUUUAGAGUCAUUUCAGAGAAUAAAUAGUAUUAAAAUGCAUUGUGCAAUAACAUAGCAGUUUGUUAAAUUUCUAAAGGACCAAAUGUUCUACAGAGCCACCACCAUGGAUAACCUUGACCUAUAUCAUUUAUGUUCUUGAUAGUGCAUAAAAUGUAUAAUCACAGUAGAAAAGCUGUAAACUGUAGCUAUACGUAGUUUGCGUUUGUUCCUGAAAAGGUGGGUAAGUGUAGCAGAGUGAGCAGAGAAAAGGAAGAAAUAUGUUCAAAUCACAAUGAAGGGUGAGUGUAUGUGCUUAUUCACCAUGCUUGCACUGUCAGUUAAAUUGUGUACACUGAGUAAAUAUGACAAUCAGGCUAACUAAAAAAAAUUCUGGACUGUGCUAUGAACUGACCAUAUAUAUAUAUAUAUAUAUAUAUAUAUAUAUAAUAUAUGUGUGUUUGCAUAUGGCAUAUAUAUAUAUACACACACACAGCAUAUACAUGUUUGCCUAUGUCUGUUGUAUUUUACUUAUAUAUGUGCAGACAUGCAUGCACAUUAUGUAUGGGCUGUGUGUAUAUGUAUAAAUUUACAUACACCUAUGUUAUUACAAAUUAUUAUUAGAGUGCUAUUAACAAAUUGAUAAUGUCCACUGAGUAACCAAAUUUUUUUUUUCUUUUGAUAUUUCUUUUUCUAUAUUUGUAAGAUUCAACUUUCUAACUGGUGUGCAGCAGAGGCAGUGCUAGAAUGCCAGAGAUUUAACAACAAGCACUUUUCUUCCCCAGAUGAUUGCAUAAAGACAUUUCUUCCAUUCCCAUCUCACUUGUUGAUUUCUCACACUGAAAUUAAUGAAUAAGCUUCCAAGCUCAGAAAACAGAGUUUGUUUUACUGUUGUUUCUGGGUUUGUGCUACUGUUGUUUUAUUGUUCUAGCAUAACAGUGCAGCUCCAUUAGCAUUUUAUACUUGCCUGCAGUAACAAAAUAAUUCCAAGAAUGAGCUGGACUAUUCACACUGCAACAUGACUUGUAGAACAACGAGAACGCUGACAUUCAGGAGUAAUAAUAGUAGCAUUCGCCGCGCUCUGUCCUUCACUCUCAAUAGAUCUGCAGAACUUGGAACUGGCCGUGGAGAAAGACACUUGUAAAGCAACAGCACCCCAUGAUGUCUGAUGGAGUGUACACUUUUUUAAAGGACUGCCUUCAUUUUGACCUGUCAAACAACAUAUCUAUAUAUUGUCUACAAGCUAAUAAGUAACUGCUUAUUUUUUAUUUUAUCGCUUUCUUUUCUCCUUUCUCUUUUCUUGUCUUUUGUCCUUCCUUCCUUCUCUUAUAUUUCUUUCUUUCCCUCUCUUUCUUUCUCUGUCUGUACCCUCCCCACCCUUAUAAGAGAUUGUGGUUGAUGUAGACUUUUACAAAACACUUCAAAAAGAAAUUAAAUAACCCAAAUGACUAAGGUAUAAUGCAUAUGUUCUAGAACAAGCCCGCAUUUGGGUUGUUGAGGCCUGUAACUGAAUUUCAAAUACUGCUAUAAAAUGUGGGGCAGGGGAGCAGGGAGGGACUGGAGAGCAAGUUGGGAUUUCCAGAGAUGAAGGUUUUGAUAGCACAGGAAGUUGUAUUUUCUUAUUGUGAGGGCUGGAAUAAACCACUGCUGCUUUGAAUAAGAGGUCCUUUAGAGCCUUAGUUAAAACACCUUUAUUUGGGCAGGGUAGGGGCAUGUGUUGUUCAUCACAAAUAUGAAGCAAAAAAAGAAGAAAGUCUACAUGUUGCAGGGAAAACACUGUGAAAUUCACAAUAGCAACCAAGUGACUAUUUUGCCAUCUUUUAAACAUAUGUCUCAGGAGAAGAAAUGGGAAAUGAUGGGUGUGUUAUUUUUCCGUCUAUGCAUUCUGCACAAGGUCUGUGGGGAUUUUUGUUUGCUUGUAGAAGGUUCUGAGUGAUGACUGGCUGAUAUUUUAUAAACACUGGAUUUGAGCAAGGAUUAUGGAAGCUGCUAGUAAGUGAGGCCACCGAUUGAAAUACAUGAGAAAACAGAACAAAUCAAAUCUAUCCAGAGGCCUAAUUCUUGCAGCUGAUAUGUAUCUUUCUGUAACUUAUAGAAAAGCACCUAAGAAUGUUUUAUAUACAAAUAAUUUAAUUCAACAUUUAUGUUUAAUUGAAUCACCAAGAGAGAGAAUCAAUUAAUUAUGAAAUAUUUGUCCCAGCCCUUCUCUCCACCUAUACUUUAUGUAUAUAUAUUUCUAGAUAUCACUCUGUUUGUCACUUUAGAUAAAGAGGAAGAUAAAUAUCUACAUACAAAUAUAAAUCUCUAUAUUGUCACCAAAUUGUGACUUGGUGUGUAGAGCUAUCUUUCUCCUUUCUUUUUUCCUUUUUUAUUUUUUUUUAAAUUUAUUUAAUGUGAUGUCUCCGUGGAAAUAUUUAGUGGUUCUUGUUUUGCAGUUUGUUACAAGUAGUCAUUGCUUUAAAACUUUCAUUGCAUCUUGGCUGAUUUCAAAGUGAUGCCUAGGUAUCAGUGUUAAAAGUUUUGUUUGUGAAUCAUGUGACCAGCUUUCUCAACAUGACAUGGAAAGUCUCUUGUAUUACAGUGUAUUUAAUAAAAAUGAUGUCUUACAAUAAACAAUGUCAUCCAAAAGAAAGAUAAAAUUACUACUUUAAAACAC